GGUGAAACGGGUUCCGGUGUCAACGGAAAAGUCGUCCACCAAGUCAGGCCCGAGAUUGUUAUCGCGCUGGUCGCCGAGGUCAUGGCUCUUGCUGUCAGGGCUGGUCUCAACACCCAGACGGUUUAUGACCACCUUCAAGGCGGCGCGGGCGCCAGUUCAAUCAUGAAGAACCGUAUUACCCAUGCCCUCGAUGGCGAUGAGACGGUUUUCUCAGCCAUGACCGAUAGCCAAAAGGACUUGUCCAUCAUCGUGCGAACCGCAGGCGAGAAGUCGGUCCCCGUGCCCCUCGUUGCCAUGGCCGAGCAGAUCUACUAG